AUGUCUCAGUCACGUCAACAAGGCCCAGUCACGUCAACAAGGCCCGACAGCUACUCUUUCUCAUCAGGGCCUCCUUUAAGACAGCAUGGACGGGCAUGUUUGGACAUGUAUGGACGUCAGCGUGCACCUGAUUGGUCCAUUUAA